GUACUCUCCGUCAUCACACCUAAUUUCUUCUUCUCCCUCUUCGGUACAAAUCUACAUCGAGCACUUCGGUCCGAUUAACCAUUCCUUCCCUCUUCUUUCCCUUUCCCUUUUUUGUUUUCAUUGCAACUGAGCCAUUUCCGUGCCGCGGAUAAAAACAAUGUACACUAUCCCACCAGCGUACCUAACCCCAUUCUUCUUGGCGUUGAAUGCGGUGAGCAGCAUUGGAAUUGUUUACACGAAUAAAGUUAUUUUCAAGACGCAGGGCUUCGGUUAUGGAACCCUUCUUACGGUGAUUCAUUUCGCCAUCACGACGUUGGGGCUUUUUAUCUGCCAAAUGGCCGGUGUGUUCGAGACGAAGCGGGUCGAUAUUAUCAAGAUCAUUCCCCUGUGCUUGAGUUUCUGUGGUUUUGUGGCGCUCACGAAUAUGUCACUCGUCUACAACACCAUCGGCUUCUACCAACUCAUCAAAGUUUUGACGACCCCUUUGCUGGUGAUUAUUCAGACUCUCUUUUACGGCAAAACGUUCUCCCUCAAGAUCAAGCUCGCUCUGACUAUCACCUGCGUUGGUGUGGCGAUUGCGACCGGGAGCGACAGCCAGGCAAACUUUAUUGGCACCGUUGUGGCCCUUUCAGCCUUGUUGAUCACCUGCAUGUACCAAAUCUGGGUAGGGACGAAGCAGACGGAACUGCAGUGCAACAGCUUCCAGCUGCUCUACUACCAAGCUCCGAUCUCCUGUGUGAUGCUCAUCCCAAUCUCGUUCUUUUCCGACAACCUAAUGGAGACGUUCUACAUGCCGUGCUUCGACACCAUGUGCUGGAUCCUUUUUUCUGGUGUCCUGGCCUUCUUCGUGAACAUCUCCAUUUUCCUGGUGAUUGGUGAGACGUCACCGGUGACGUACAACGUCCUCGGCCACUUCAAGCUGUGCGUGAUUCUCUCGCUGGGAUUUGUUGCCUUCGGCGAUGACAUCAACUUCCGGAUAUUGUCUGGUAUCCUACUCACUUUAACCGGUAUCUUCUGGUAUACAAACCUUAAAAUGGCCGAGGGUGCUAAGGCGAAGGAAGAGGCGGAGAAGGCAGAGCUCAAGACAGUUGAGGUGUCGCAUGAUGAGGAAGGCUCAGAUGAAAAGGAUGCUUGA